UCUCAGGUUCCUCUCUGGUAUAAAUUGGUAUAAAUAUCUGUGGUGGCACCAUUUGCAGCACGUUUCUAACCUAAAAUUUCACAAGCGCUUUGGCUGUAAAGUGUUUGAACAUUUCGAUAAAUUUGAUUGAUUUGCAUCGUUUUCCUAAGAGGUUUAACUUUUAAUUCAACAGUGAGAGGCAGCAUAUCGUUGUCGAUAAAGCGCACAAAAGUCGACUUCUAUUAUAAAAAAACAAGAAAAUUACGAAUAAAUGAAUUGGUACAAUAUAAAUAAUAGUUAGGAAUUUUUGUUUAUUGCUUCGAAAGAGACGAGAAAAAAAUUUGCACGGAAGAUGCUGUGUCGCGAUGGAGCCCUGAGUCUGUGCUGCUUCAUCAUAGCAUGUUUAAUCUCGCUCUUCCCUGAACUGCAGUUCAGGUUAGAUUUUAAUAUUUAUGCCGCACAUUUCACAAAUGUCUGGCUUCUACACGCGGUACAGUACAUUAUCAUAAAUGUAUUCGCAUUCCUUGCGUUUCGCAAUUUUGCUUAUCAAGUGGCAAUCAGAGCAUUGUUUCUUGGAUAUGCAUUUGGAAUUGGUAUCCUAGUAUUAAUCAGUGCCCCACCAUCAUGGCAGGUGUUUGGCAUUUAUAUGACAGUAUUAGCGAGUUUCCAUUAUUCGGAAUUUUUAGCUAUAGCAUGGACGAAUCCAGCUACGCUGUCGAUCGACAGUUUCAUUCUCAAUCACAGUAUUGCAUAUGGGGUGGCAGCGAGUCUCAGUUGGAUAGAAUUCCUUAUAGAAAGGCAUUACUUUCAUGGAAUGAAAAUGCUCUCCUUUGUGUCUUAUUUUGGUCUUGUAUUAUGUAUUUCCGGCGAAAUUUUACGAAAAAUGGCGAUGUUGACUGCAAAACAUAAUUUUAACCAUGUUGUGCAAAGUGAGAAGAGCGACAAUCAUGAGCUUAUUACACAUGGUGUAUACAAUCUUUGCAGGCAUCCUAGUUACGUGGGAUGGUUUUACUGGUCUAUAGGAACACAGUUAAUACUUCAAAAUCCAUUAUGCCUCUUUGCAUACGCAUUAAUGUCAUGGAGCUUUUUCCAUGAUCGUGUUUUGAUUGAAGAAAUAACUUUGUUAAAUUUCUUUGGUGAAGACUACGUGGAAUAUCAAGAGAAAGUAGGUACUGGGCUUCCAUUUAUUUCUGGUUAUAAGAUUAAUUCAUAGCAUUCAACGAUGGUGUAGUCCUAUUUUCUAAAAAGUCUGUCUUGACAAAUAGAAAAAAAAACAAAUUUUGUAGAAAAUGAUUAACAAUGAUUAAUUAUAAAAUAUUGAAAUUUAGAAACAUUUUGUACAUGUAUAAUUUUAAAAAUAACGUAGUAUUAAUUCGUCAUUAACCUUUUUUGUCUUUGUUAUUUAAAUAAUUUUAACUAUUUGUGAUACAUAUGAUUAUACAUAAAUAUAUACAUAUAUAUAUA